AACUUUUGGAUAUAGCAAUCAAACACAAAACCCAGCCGGAGAGUUGCCAAUUUUAGCUCUACCUGUUGCGAGGUACCUUUGUUUACCGAGGGUACAUGGGACGCUCUCUCCAGAGGAGCCAAGCGGACUUGGAGCUGGCUGGUGUGGUUCUAGGGACAUUCAGUCGUGCGUCAUUGGAAAGGAUCUUCAGCACCGAACACCAAAACAAAAUCCAACAGCAGCGCCUUUUGCUUUGUUGCCACAAAGCCACUCAGCAGCUUCUCCUUGUCGUAAUCACGGCAUAAACCCAAGCCAAAAGAACAUCAUGCCAUCUUCCAGCGCUUUGACGGAGACUCUUCGGGUAAACAUCUCCCACGACAGCAAUAUGAUAGCGCUGGCGGACCAUGGCUUCCAAAACGAACUUCUCGUUGAUUUGGCAUCGUCUCGGGGUGAGAUUCUGGGCCAAUUGCCAGGUCAGUUGCUUCAUGGUGAAGUAAAGGUUCUGUUGCUCCUUGGUAGCCUGCCUGGGUUGCUGGUUCGUCUCCCCCAUGUUGCCGAGAAGCUGUUCCAGGAAGUUGCAUCUCUCCCAAAACUGCGCUCUGUGAAAAUCUAUUUGCGAAACCGCAUGCCGAAGCAUGAUUUCUUUCUUCGCCUUGUCCGGGAGUACUUGUUUCCCCUUCUUGGUGGGAAUUACUCCAUGGAAAAAUACCAUGAUUCUAGCGAUCAGUAUACAUAUUAUCUGCUUGAGAGCAACUCUUUCAAGCUUGAGCUGAAAUGCUUCGGCUUUUCCUGCAAGAGAUAUGACAGCAUGAAGAAAGUGGAUCUCCAGAAGCUCUCUUCACUGUGGAAAAUCGAUGCCGCCCUCACCAAGGAGUGCAUCACUGUGUCAAAUAAGCUUACAAACGUAAAAAUUUCCACCGAAGUGAAGCCGUCAGUAAUGAAGACUAUUUGCUCCGCUACAAAUCUAAUUUCAUUGGACUUGUCCUGCAGAGAGUUUGUGUGCCUUGAGCCCUUGAUCCGGGCUUUGACUCCAAUCCAAGGCCUAACAACAGGAAAACGCAAGCGCAAUGACACGGGAGCUCCGCUGGCACACUUGAAUAAGCUCCGCAUUGGAAGUAUGAUAAUCUCUCUACAGAACUUUACUUGUCUCUGUCAAGCGCUGGAUUCACACGAAAGCAUUACCGAGUUGAACAUUGACUCGCCAUUUGUCAAAGACCCAACUGCAGAAGAUGGUUUCGUGCAUCUUACCGCCGCUGAGCUAUGGGAGCCUUUGCUGCAGUUGUUGCGUCACAAUACCUCACUGAUGUCGGUGGCUUUUCAUCCGAUUUACCUUGCUAGUAGCUCAUGGUGCGCGGAAAUGGUCUCGUUUAUUUUCGAAGAAGAAGAGAAUCCGAUCUGCCAGCAAAUCCAUGAUGUUUUGUACAGCAAGAAUGGGACUGUGGGAACUUUGUCCUUGGUUAUGGAAGGGACGAUCCUUCCACAACGAAUUGAGGAACUCUUGAGUCUGAACCACUUUGGUUUCGGGCAGUUUGUGGGUACCAAACUCCCAGCAACUAAAAAUCAAGGAGCUUUUCGGGAGGCCAUGGAAAAGUUUGGAUGCAAGAUGCGGGACGAACGAAACAGGGCAAAAACGCGUCGGCAAGAACACGUAACUGAAGUUCGCUUUGUCCGGACACUGUUCUGCCUCUUUCAACAUGACCCUUCCUUGGUCGGAUCCUUUUUGUGAUUGGUUUUUGUCUGUCGUUUCGCCCUGCAUUGUGCUCUCCGUGUGCUGAUGCGUUUAUCCAGCGCCUACACUGUACCUAGUCGGACCACCCACCAACAAUUGUGACUGAAAUCCAAAGACAGUCAGCUCUACCGGUACCGGUAGUGCGCUUAGAUAAUGAUAAAAAACCUAGUCUAGAAUGUGCUUGAA